AUGAGUGGUACUUCCCUCCCUCUUAACAUGCCGGAGUGGAAGGAAUAUUUUAAAUAUUUAGAAUCCUCUAUUGAAACUGCCAUGGAUGAAUCUUCUUAUGGUAUUAAUAAAUUCCUUGUUAUUCGCGAAGAAAUGGAAAAAUGUUACAAAGGAAUGAUUGCGAAAUCGAAAAACCUCCUUACAAUCACAGAAGUUCCGUUCCUUCUUGAGUUUGUUAAGACAGGAUCAGCUUUUCUUGCUUUAAUUCUCAAAUAUCAAAAUCCAAAUUGGAUAAAACACAUUUUAUUUAAACCACUCUCAACGCAAUACACAGAAUUAGCUCAAAUAUAUACAUCCUUUUCAACUUCAGCAGCUUUUUUAGAAAAUACUUCAUUUAUUGACAUAGAUAAGCUUCAGCAUGCUCAUAACCUCGACUUAAUCAUGCUAGAACAGUCAAUUACCUCUUAUUUAUCCAAGCAACCGAAGCAAUCUAAAAUUACUGAUGAAUUAAAUUUUGUCGUAAACAAAAUUCAUCAAAUUCUUAGACCUCCAGCUGAAUCGAAGACAUCUGAGUCACAAGGCAUCAUUAACCACUCAGAAUUUACAAAACAAGAGCAAAUUGGCGCUGGAGCUUAUGCAAAAGUUUUCAAAGCCAUUUUCAAUGCUACAAACGAAACCAUAGCCAUCAAAGAACUCACAAGAAUCGAUAUGCCACCAAGAAAGCUUUUUACAUUGAAGAGAGAAAUAAAUUGUUUGAUGAACUUAAAUCAUCCAAACUGUAUCAAGUUUUACGGUGUUACAGUCAUUCCACCUUUCUCAAUCAUUACGAAAUUCAUUCCUCACGGCUCUCUUUACGAUUUACUUGUAAAUAAUCCCGAUGAUUUGACUCCACUACGUAGAAUGAAGAUCGCAAUUGGCAUUACUCGUGGUCUAGAGUAUCUAGAUCUUGUUCACGUACUCCACAGAGAUAUUAAGCCGCAAAAUAUUCUAAUUGACGAAAAUGAUCACGCAGUUCUUUGUGACUUUGGUCUUUCCCGCUCUUUUGGACCAAAGAUGACUGCCGAGCUUGGCACAAUUGCUUACAUGGCUCCAGAACUCAUGGGAAACUCAUUUACCAGUUAUGAUUCUUCAUGUGACACAUAUUCCUUUGGUAUUCUCUUAUACGACUUGUUAAUGGGUCCAGCCAAGUACAUGCAGAUGUUCCCUGUACAAAUCGCGAUGAGAGUCCUUAAAGAAAAAUACAGACCAGAAUUACCAAACGAUAACCAUUCAUUUUGCGAGUUAAUUACACAAUGCUGGUCCCAAAACCCAAGAAAACGUCCUAAAAUGUCCGUAAUUCGCAAAAAACUCGAAGAUGGAUCUGCAAUUUUGGAAGGAACGGACUACGAACAACUAAAACAGUGGAUUUCCGAAACAAUGCCUCAGCACCAAGCAGCUCUCAACCACGCAAUGGAAGUUAUAGAGGCAAGAGACAAAUCUUUGAUAGAUAAAAUCCAUACAAUGAAUCCUAUCGAUCCAACCGCUCCUAUCGUCCUUCAGAAACUUUUCCAGAGCGAGAUACCGAUUUCCCUUCAACUUCUCGACGACAUCUUCAAUCUUAUCAACCAGACGAAGAGCGAGGAAGUUUCCUCAAUCGCUGGCGACAUUUUGAAGGUUUUGUUGACAAAAGAUGACAUUGAAAAAUACGUUACAUGGGAUCAAAUCUUCGACAGAUGUCUUGAAGUCUCCAAAAACUCUCCCGACUUGAGUUUGGAGUGCGUCAGAUCCUUCGCAGAGAGAUUCGAAGAUCCAAUGCCUCAAUUGGCAAAAAUUGCAAAUUUGCCAAGUAGUCACUUUUCUAUCGAUGUCAUUGAGAUCAUUUUGAACUCAGAUGAAGAGAAAUUAAAUCCCAUUUCAGUCAUGGAUUUAUUCGCCCAGAAAGACGUGAACUUUUUGACAUCGUUGUUCAGAGCUGUUUUGAAUGUUUUCGGACCAUUGGAUAAUUUGAUGCCUUACGCGACGAAUCUUCCUCCUUUGCUCGCAAUAUACUUGGCAUCUCUGGCGAAAAGAGCAAGAACUGACUGGCAGGGAGUGUCAAAACUUCUGAACACUUCACUUAUCACUUCAGAUGACAAAGAUUCAGAUGAAAUGUCAAAUUCGAUGAGUACACAAAUUACAUCAUUUUACGAAGGAGAAGAGAGCCAGUUAUGUACGAGUCUUGAGGAGAUAUUCAAUGCAUUGCAAUCAAUAAGAUUGGAACAAGUAUCUGAGUAUUCCGCGGAUUUAAUCAUUUUGUGUUUGAUUGGAAAAUGCACUGAUUUCGUGAAAAUCCAUUUAUAUUCUAUUUGCGCUGUUUCUGGUUAUUACAAAGAUCACGAUGUAUCUGAUGAAGUGUGGAGAACUGUUUUGUUUGGUUUGGAUUACCCAGAAACAACAGCGUCAUCGAUAUCAGUCAUUAUGAAUGUUCAAGCUGAUUCUGAUUCAGAAAUUGUAAAUAAUGUUUGGCAAAAAUUGAUUGAUGUCUUCAAACAAACAAAGGAUUCGAUUUAUGAAGAUCCAAUCAUAAGAAUGUGUCAACAAUCGAAUGAAUUCGAAGUCAAUGAGUUGACAACAGCCCUUUUGACUGAUUUCCAGAAGAAUGUACAACAAAAUGUGAGAAUUGCAUCAUCUUAUUCAGGAAAACAAGUUUACACGUUAGGAAGAGAUGAAUUGUGGCUGUCAUUGAUGAAAGUUAUUCCUAAAUGCGAAUUCCAAAUAGCUAAAAUUAUUGGAGAUUUCUUAGUAUCGGUUUAUGAACAAGCAGAUAUUGGUGUCAACGCAGAUUUCAUUGCUACAGCACUUAACUUCGUUUAUAAGGAAGAUGUGCCGUUCGAAACUGCAAAACCAUUUUUAGAUGUGAUUUGUAAGCUUUGUAAUCAACGAAAUGUCUUAGUUUUCUGCGCAAAAAGACAUCUCGGUGAGUAUAUAAAGCAGUUACCAUGGAAAUACCCUGAUGUUCCUGGAGUUCCUGUUAUUAUUAAUAAGUUUUUGUCUGUUAUUGCAUGA